UGGGCUGGACCAGUAGCACAGGCGGAAGUGACUCUUAUAAGACAGGUCACAGUAUAGAGGAACACAGACUCUAGACAAGCAUCUUCUCGACAGAACCUCUGGUAUCAGAGAAAUGGAGAGAGUUUAUUCGCUAAAGAUGUUGGCAGUUUUGGCUCUGGUUCUGCUGGUGUCCAGUGUGAAUGGACGCAUUAUGACUAAAUGUGAGCUGAAGGCUCAGCUGGAUGCUGCUCAAAUUUAUGUGCCAGACAAUAUGAUCUUGGAAAAUCUCAUCGCCAGUCUUGUCUGCAGGGCAAAUGGCUCAGCCUUCAACACCAAAUUUGUCAAAUUCGUCACCGACAACCAUGAUGGUCAACUUCCCCUUCAAGGUUCACCCCCACCUAGGCAUCAAGAUUCCACUCAAAGACCAACUCCACCUAGGCCUCAAGAUACCCAUCAAGGUCAACCUCAAUCUGGGCCUCAAGAUACCCAUCAAGGUCAACCUCAAUCUGGGCCUCAAGAUACCCAUCAAGGUCAACCUCAAUCUGGGCCUCAAGAUACCCAUCAAGGUCAACCUCAAUCUGGGCCUCAAGAUACCCAUCAAGGUCAACCUCAAUCUGGGCCUCAAGAUACCCAUCAAGGUCAACCUCUGUCUGGGUCUCAAGGUUUCCCUCAAGUUCCACCUCCACCUGGGCCAAAACAGUCAUCUCACAAACCACCUCAACAAGUUAAAUCUCUGCCUCAAGGACCUAAAGGCCCCCGAAAACAUAAGAGAUUCGCCCGUCAGGAAAGAGACCUACUGCCUCCUGCUGUCUGGCACCAGUUUGGACUGUUUCAGCUGAGUGACACUGUGGCCUGUAAUUCUGGCGUUUUGUCAUCUCUCAACAUCUGCAAAAUGAACUGCAGCGCUUUGAUUGAAGAUGACAUCACGAAUGACAUAAUUUGCAUGAAUACCCUGAUGCAACAAGUGAAACCCACGGGGCAAGUUAACCCUGCUGCGCCAAUAAGAAUGGAGGACCUGCUGGGGAAGGAGUGUGAACAUGUUGAUGCAUCUCAUUACUUUUCUGACUGUGUUUAAAACAUUCAAUGUCCCCCCAUCUGACCCUAGACUUACAACCACCCAUUUUAAACUUUUAUUCAGAGUAAAAAUAUCUGCAUGCUGUCCUACGUUAUUUCCCAGGAAGGAUGUUUGUCAGCUUCAUGGCUACUGUCACAAAAGCUCAACAGUCGAAUGAUUUUAAUGACUUUUAUUGAACGGUAAUUGGGUCAUUAUAAUGGUGGU